UUUUGCUUCCACUUUGAAAUGAGUAUUUUGUCUAGAUCGUUGACCAAAAAUGACAAUUAAAUCCAUAUUUAUCACACUUGAAUAAGAAAAUGUGGAAAAAGUCGAGGGGUGUGAAUACAUUCUGAAGGCACUGUAUCGAUGCUUUAAGAAGUGUGAUGCGUCUUGCUGUCUUCAGAAGCCAACUCCAAUCUCUCUGUGGUUUGUGGGAGGAAAAAGCACAUCAUGCAUCUUUUUUGAGCUAGCACUUGUGUGUAUGACAGUUCAACUUUUGAUCGGUCUGGCAAGCUAUGGCAUGAUGGUAAACUGGUUGAUUUUUAAGAGAAAUUCCACAGAAAAACUGUUAUUCUCAAGAUGUCCCCUCCAACUGGUUAUUCUCCUAUUGACCUUGUGCACCACAACAAAUUCAGGCAGGCCCAAUGUCCCAGGAGAAAGUAUAUGGGCUAUAUUAAACAAACCCAUACAGUUUUCUGGAUCCGCUAUACCCUUGAAACUAAUCAAAACGGUGGAAUGGCGUCACAAAAGUGGAAACUCACAGACAUUCUGUCUUCACCAUGAAAUGGAUGGGAACAUCACCAACAUAUCCCCUGCAUGCAAUGGCACUGCGCACUUCCUUUCCCACAAUAAAACCUUUGUUCUAGACUCAGUGAGGGCAGAGGAUGAAGGUGUCUAUGAAGAAAGAGUGAUUUAUAAGAAUAACACUAUGGUCUCAUUAAAGAUAUCACUGUCAAUCAUUUCUCCUCCCUCCACUCUGCACAUCAGUGUAAACUUCUCCAAACACGCUGCUAACAAUGACUUGUGAGGUCAAGGGGUCAAACCUCUCCUAUUGGUGGCUGAAGGAUGACCAGCCCUUCCUCACAGAUUCCAGAUGGUUAUUGGGUGAAAGAAACCAAACCUUACAGGUGAACAACCUGACCAAGGCUGACUGUGGGAAAUACAUCUGCUUGGUGGCCAACAAGGCAGGCCAGUCACGGGGCCACUUCCAACUCACAGAUAACCAAUCCUCUGUGUGUAAGGAUGGAAUUGUCCGAGCCACACUGCCGAUAGGCCAGAGAGAAUUUCUAAUCAUGGUAAUAUUGGGCAUCUGCAUAUUCGGCCUGCUCAUCAUCAUUGCCUGCAUCAGGAGAUAUCACCCGGAAAUACGGAAGCAUCUGGCAGGACUUUGCAACAAGGAGCAGCAUCCUGUCAGAAACAGGAGAGGAAGGAGAAGAGACAGAGACACCCCCGUGACCGGAAAUCAUGUGUAUGAUGAGAUUGGAGAUGAACAGCUUGAACAAGAGGAGGUGAUCCCAUUGCCAUACAUCUACACAGACUUCCUUCCAAACAGAAAACGAGCAAAGCCCCUAGAGGACUUUGGGUACUCCACCAUCGGGCCAGCUAGCCUAAGUGGAGUCACAGUGAUCGAGGCAAGCGAACAAGGUCUUGAAUGCAGGGAGCUUGGCCCCAGUGAUGUACUGGGCCGUUCGCACUACCCAAGGCCCUGCAGCCUUGUGAAUGUCAUGAGCUGAAUUUUUUUCCCCCAGAAAUGUUCCAAUACACACAAAAAGCUUUUUUCUCUCAAAUUUUUGGCCAAAUUUGCUUAUAUCCCUGUUCAUGAGCAUUUCUCCUUUGCCAAGAUAACACAUCCAAGAAGCUGAUUAAACAGCACGAUAAUUACACAGGUGCACCUUGUGUUGGGGACAACAAAAGGCCACUCUAAAAUCUGCAGUUUUGUCAUACAAUGCCACAGAUGUCUCAAGUUGAGGGAGCAUGCAAUUGGCAUGCUGAUUGCAGGAAUGUCCACCAGAGCUGUUGCCAGAGAAUUUAAUGUUAAUUUCUCUACCAUAAGCCGCCUCCAAUGCCAUUUUAGAGAAUUUGGCAGUAUAUCCCACAGGCCUCACAACAACAGACCAUGUGUAUGGCAUUGUGUGAGCAAGCAGUUUGCUAAUGUCAACGUUGUGAACAGAGUGCUCCAUGGUGGCGGUGGGGUUAUGGUAUGGGCAGGCAUAAGCUACAGACAACGAACACAAUUGCAUUUUAUUGAUGGCAAUUUGAAUGCACAAAAAUACAGAGACGAGAUCCUGAUGCCCAUUGUGAAGCCCUUCUUUUUAAGGUGUCUGUGACCAACAGAUGCAUAUCUGUAUUCCCAGUCGUGAAAUCCAGAAUAGGGCCAAAUAAAUUUAUUUCAAUUGACUGAUUUCCUCAUAUGAACUGUAAUUCAGUAAAAUCUCUGGAAUGAUUGUGUUUUUAUUUUUGUUCAGUAUAAUUGACCUUUUCCGCUCAACAACUGGUUGUGCCACCUUUAGCUGCAAUGACUGCAACAAAACACUUCCUGUAGUUGUGGAUGAGUCUCAUAUCCCUGUGGAGAAAUUUUGGAACUGGCUUUAACUCAGCGCCACUUGUGGUCUUUCAGGUCCUGGGUUUAGGCCUGAACUGUGACUAGGCCAUUCCAGAACUUUACAUUUGCUGCCUUUCAGCCAUUCGUUUGUGUUUUGGAUCUUUAUCUUGCUGAAUGACCUAGCUGUGCUUCAGCUCACAGACAGAUGACCUGACAUUCUCCUUUAGAAUGAUCUAAAACAGAGAAUUAUUCAUGGUUCCUUCAAUGAUGGCAAGUGGUCCAAGUCUUGAGGCAGCAAAGCAUCCCCAAACCAUCACACUACCACCAACAUGCUUGACCGUUGGUUUGAGGUUCUUACUGUGGAAUGCAGAGUUUGGUUUUCAUCAGACCUAAUAGGACCCAUGUCUUCCAAAAAGUUCCCCUUUUGACUCAUCUGCCCAUAGAACAUUCUUCCAAGAGUCUUGAUGAUCAUCCAGGUGCUUUUUGGCAAACUUGAGUCAACUAUUUGGAUGAAAUGGGUCUCGAUAUGUCUGGCGAAAACCAAACACUUCAUUCCACAGUAAGAACCUCAUACCAACAGUCAAGCGUGGUGAUCGCUGAGUUAAAGCAGUUCUACAUGGAAGUGGGCCAAAAUUCCUCCACAGGGAUGUGAGAGACUAACAACUACAGGAAGUGUUUGGUUGCAGUCAUUGAGUGUAAGGGGGAAAUAACUUUUUCACACAGGGGCAUUGGGUGUUGUAUAACUUUGUUAAUUAAAUUAAAGAAUUAUAAACAUUUAUGUUCCCUUUAUCUAAUAUUAGGUUUUGAUCUGAGAACAUUCAGUGUCAGAAAUAUGCAAAAAUAGAGAAAAAUCAGAAAGGGGGCAAAUACUUAUGGCACUGAGGUUGGAGAUUACGCUAUAGCAGGGGUAGGCAACCCUGUUCCUGGAGUGUCACAGCUACUACAGGAUUUUGUCCCAACUAGGUACCACACUGAGCUACUUAGCUAAUUGAUCAGUUCAAUGAUUGCCUAAAUUCAACACACCUGGUCAAGUGCCUGCGGCACUCCAGAACCAGGGUUGCCUUUGCUAUAGGGUUCUCCAAUUUGGCCAGAUUGCGGUCCAAAGCUUUUUCAAAUAGAUGAUGCCGUUCUGCAAUAGAAUGCUUAUGGUUACAUUAGGAAUUGUUCAAUAGAAUCCAGAAAUCACAUUUUGAUGUUGAAGAAGAGACUUUGCUGACGUACAAAAGGUUUAAUAUAGGUUACUUUAAUAGGUGUUCAAGGAAUAAUAGUUGCGUCAGAAGACAGUGUUAUGACAUACGACUCAGUGAAAGGGGCUGCGGGCGAUGGCUACGGGAUCCCUCACUAAGCAGGUGCUCCAGUAAGGCAAGGCUGCAUUGAACAACUGGGCUGUAACAAUCAAGUCCAUACAUGUCAUGAUACAGUACUAUUGACAUAAAUAAGAUCAAGCACACAUUGUACAAACUAUUAGAGGAAACAUACUUAAGAUCUGGCGUCACCUCUUCACAAGAACAAAAGGGAAGCUGUGAUCUACAUUCCUGUAAAGGGAGAACGUUUAUAUAGUCCUUUUUUUAUCUGGGUGCAUAUUCAGUUUUCUAUUUUUGUAACUAAAGUAACAACUAUAAAAAGGAAAUUGUAAUAAAUAAACUUGAAUACAGAG